CUCAGCUCCCACAAUUCAACAGGCAACAAAGGAAGAAAGGAAGAGGCCGUGAGCUACAAAGAGUUAGCUGACCUAGGUUAAAAGAUGUACUAUCAAUUAUGCCGUUGUUAGCCGCCAAUAGUACCCGUUUGUAAAGAAAAUUACAAAGUCCGUCCAUGUUUGUGUUUUUGUGCUUUGUUUUGCCGCAGAAGUGAACUAGAGGGACGGUGGCGGUGAUGUUUUCGACAUAGAACGCUAACAAAGCUAACUGACUUAGGUAGUAAGGUAGCAGUAGCUACGCUAACGUUAGCCAACAAUCGCCAAGGACCAUAUAAUUUCUCAAUGUGUUUUCACUGACGGAUAACUAAACAUUAAUACACUGCUUUACGACAAAAAUAAAGCUGGGAGCGACAAGUAAAUGAAAGGUGGUGGAAGUGGAAUUUGACCCAACUGAGUCACCAUUUUCCUGCAGAUAAUGGGAUUUUUGGAUCCACUGUAUGGAUGACUUGUUUCAUGUGGCCUGAUGGAAGGACAUUGUGGAUAGUGCUUUCAUCAGGAUAUCAGGAGAGCCGUCCCAUGCCCCCACAUUGGAGGGCCUGUCAGAAUGAAGAAGAUAAGCCUUAAGACGAUCCGCAAGUCCCUCAGCAUAAAGGGCAAAGAGGAGGGUGACUUUGUCAUGCUCCAGCAGCCUUCAGUGACAACAGAGUUUUCUAAGGAGGAAUCACUUUUUGGAGGCUGCUACACCAAAGACCUUUCAGGGUGUGAUCUUGGUUGUGAGGACGAGAAAGGAGGCCAAAAUAAAAGUCGAUCGAAGAGUGAGGGCCUAAUGGGUUCGUUAAAGAGGAGGCUGUCUGCCAAACAAAAGGCAAAAGCAAAAGGUGGCUCAUCAGCUUUGUGUUCGGCAGAUGACGACGACAACUUUUCGUCAUCUUCUGUGCCCAUCAGCAAUGAAGUAAAAGCCCAGAGACCCCUCAGAUCAGCAUCGUUGCGGAGUCACCAUUACAGCCCCUCGCCGUGGCCUCUGCGACCGGUCAACUCUGACGAGGCAUGCAUCAAGAUGGAGGUAAAGGUUAAAGCCAUGGUCCACUCUCCUUGCCCGAGUCCCACCUUAAAUGGUGUUCAUAAAGAAUUUCAUAACUUCCAGAUGGAAGGGCUCUUUCAGGACCAAGCAGAGUCCAUAAAGUAUCUCCAACAACCACAAAACGGUGAGCUGCAUCUAAACAUCGACGAAAAUGAUGUGCCUGUGGUGCUGGGGUUGACGCCCCAGGACUAUAUCCAGUAUACAAUGCCUUCAGAUGAUGGAAUGUACCCAGAAGGGUCCCACUCCUUUUGCCUAGAUAGUUCUACUCCCAUGGAGGUAGUGACAGAGGCAGACAGCAGGUCCCUCCACACGGAGCAGGGACAGGACGAGCAUGAACUGGUUAAUGGGAUGCCUGCAGACCUCUUUAUGGAAACCUCAGUUAAUAGUAUUCUUUUAGGUUCUGCUGGUAUGGUGCUCCAAAGCUCUCGGGUGGAAGUCCCACCUCCCCUCAGCCCCCUUCUGCCGCCCAUGACAAGUAACGGACACAUCCCUAGGACUUUUUCCAGCUUCAGCUCUACAGACAGCCAGGUAGCAGAGAGAGUAAGACACCACCUUAACUUUGACCCAAAUUCAGCUCCUGGAGUCAGUCGAGUGUACGAUUCAGUCCAGAGCAGUGGACCGAUGGUCGUAACCAGUCUGACCGAGGAGCUUAAGAAGCUUGCAAGGCAGGGCUGGUACUGGGGUCCAAUCACACGGUGGGAGGCAGAGGAGAAGCUGAUCAACUUGGCCGAUGGUUCGUUCCUGGUCAGAGACAGCUCAGACGACAGGUACCUGCUCAGCCUGAGCUUCCGAUCGCAGAGCAAAACCCUUCACACACGCAUCGAACACUCCAACGGACGCUUCAGCUUCUACGAGCAGCCUGAUGUCGAGGGUCACACAUCAAUCGUUGAUUUAAUUGAACACUCCAUUAGAGACUCAGAAAACGGAGCCUUUUGUUAUUCCAGGUCUCGCCUUCCAGGGUCUGCAACCUACCCCGUCAGACUAACCAACCCAGUAUCUCGAUUUAUGCAAGUGCGUUCCCUGCAGUAUCUUUGCCGCUUUGUCAUUAGACAAUACACAAGGAUAGACCUCAUCCAGAAACUGCCCUUACCCAACAAGAUGAAAGAUUACCUACAGGAGAAGCACUACUGAGGACAUAGACAGGGCAGUGGUAGCAGUUUGCACUUUUGUGUUCAUAAGAUUUUUACACAAGGUUUACAGACGACCACAGUUUGAGACGACUGGUUCUGGUAGCUCCUGAUUUAUGUUUAAGUGACCCUGUCUUGUCCAUUCCACUCUUCUGUGAUGUUUUAUUUUUCUGGUGUUCAGAAGGUUCUGCAUUUAGUAAUACUUAAUCUAUUGCAAAAAUGUGGCUGAAGUGAAAAGCAAAGUAAGCUUAGUUGGAAACAAUGAAGAGCAGACAUUUGGCAGUUUUGAUGGAUGUAUGCUGUUUGGCUGUGAACAUAAAAUAGAAGUUUCUUAAUUAUCCACAGUAAAGUUGAGCAAGUUGGGAAAAAUAAAGUUCUUCUUUGAAUUGAAAAUGUGUUGCAUUAUCAACUGGAUUGUACAUUACAGAAAUGAAUGUUUGCUACAAUUGGUUUUUCAUCUCUGCAGGCUGACUUUGCACAUCUUUUGCCUAUCAGUUUUCUAAAUGUUGAAAUGUCUUUUUUACUGCUUUAGGCAUGAUCAAAUUGCAACUUAAGAUUUUGGAUAGAGAAAUUUUGCAUUUAAAAUAAUGUUAAAGUCUGAUGUACAAACAUAGACAAUAAAUGACAUUUUUAUGUGUCAAAAAUUCUUAAGCUAACUAAAGUACUAAGCCAAGGACAAACUGUGUAAAGCUGAACAGCAAAAGAUGUCCAGAUUUUGUCACCCACUAGGAUGCUUUCAAUAGCUGGGCUGAGAAUUAGCUUUAAAGUUGUAAGGCUGCAUUUUAUCAUUAUGCAUUUUUCAAGCCUAAUGGUACUUCUACUGCUGGAUGCAGGUGCUUUUUUUUUUCUAGAAAAGGCAUCAACUAAAUGUAUGGACUAAACAAUGUAACAUUAAAAUGACAAUUCUGCAUUUGAAAUAUUGCAAAAUCUCCACCGCAGGUUUAAGUUUUUCACUAAUGCUUGUGUUGUCUGCAUGUAGUAAAGGCUUUAAGAUUGUCGGACUACAUGGGAGAAGGUGUUGAACAGGGAGAAAACAAUUUGGUAUCAGAGGUUAUUCAGUGCACAACUGCAUUUACCUUGGGGAGUCUGAAAGCCUUGCCCUCAUUCAUUCUGCAACUAAAAGACAUCUCAUGUGAAAUCUCGACUAAGUUACCUUUAGAGAUGCACCGAGAAUCAUCAAUUUCCAAUUGGUGGUUUUUCGAAAGCUUUUGUCCACUGAUACAGAUUAUUUGUCUAAGUACUAAAAUAGAGGAAAACGCAGGAACAGCUUUCAAACACUCCCCCCGCCCCAAGCUCCCUAGCUUUUCUGCCGUGAGGGGUAAUAAGUAAUUUUUUUUUUUAGUAAAAGAGAUGAUGCCACAUUGUGUUUGUGAGAGAGAGUCAUCUUUGUACAAAACAGGGCUUUACUAAUAACUUUAAAACGGUAUUAUUGAAUUGAAGUUUAAAUUGCCUUUAGCAUGUUAGUAGAAAUGAGCACAGGUAGCAUAACGGUCUGCAUCUAGACAAUAUAGGAUCUUCAGAAUUCUAAAAGGCUUCAAUCAUUUAUAGAUUCAACAUGUUCCAUGGCAGACGAAAGCAAAAGUUAAAGCAGUUUUGCUGUAUUUUAUUCAGCCUUCCCCUUGCUCUCUCUGAUUUUUGGUCAACGGUUUGACAUGUUCUACAACUGACUGUUUCCUGCUAAACAACCAAAAGCAUCUCUGUGCUUCCUGUUUCUUCUUUUUGAACACUUUCUUCCAACAGCAAUGACUUCCACACCGAUCACUGUGCUUAAGCUUAACACCAUCUGGUUAAGCUUGGGUAUAUUUUAGCUGAUCAGAAAAAAAAAUCUAAAUUUGUGUUUCUGGCAAUUUAGUUUCCAGAACCAGAAUAUUGGGGGAUUUACUGACUUCUCGGUGCAUCUCUAAUCUAUUUGUAGUACUAGUGGUAACAUAAUGCUGGAAAGAAGAUAUGGACCUAGGAAAGAUGGUGCAGGCCUUUGGGAAAUACAGAUUUGGGAAACAUUGGUCAAGGAGUCUUCUCCAACCUGGAAGGGAUGUCAAGGUAUUGGCAUGUGAUAAAAGUUAAAUCAAACCUGCAUGCCAUCGUUGGUGUUCUAAAGAUUUUGAAGAGUUUUUUUUUUUUGCCGUUUUUCAUAUCGUCUCGAGUCUGUCCUUUCAGAGCUGCACUACCACAAGUUAUAAUGAGCUGAUGGCGUCAGAGUAAAGGGAAGAGCACACAGUAUGCUACGCAAGUGCUUUAUUUGGAUAAUUGACAGGGAAUUGUCACCUCACAAUAUGAAUGGUCAUCUUUUUUUGACAUCAGUGUCCUUAAAAGUAUUGCAAAAUGUCUUUGGCAACUUUGGUAGGUCUUUAGGGUAUAGUUUUAGUUGUAGUUAGCUGGAGACGUCUGAGGAAGCACAGCGGAAACUAGAUAGGAUCUUUAAAUGGUGUUUGCAUGUUUAAACACUUAGUUUUAAGGCUUUGAGUUGUAUAGGAAUGAAGGAUUUAAGAUGUGUUUUGGUUGUAUAGAGAGAUUUUUUUUCUUUUCUUAAUGUCACAAACUGGCUGGACGUUUUUCUUUUUUUUAUAUUACAAGAAAUGUAUUUUUCUUUAUACUGUUUGAGUUGUUUUUGUUGUCGUUUGUGACAUUUGCCAUCUGGGGGAUGGGGCCGUACAAAAGGAAUGUACGCUUGUUUGAGGUAUCCUGUUAUCUGCCUGCAGACCCAUUUCUGAAAGCAUGGGGAACAUAAGGACUACAAUGACACAUAAUUUGCACUUGAACAUUCAUUGAACCUCUCUUUGCCUCAAGUUUUCCCUCAGAUGGAGAUUUAUAAAGAAAAGUCACAGAUUUGUCAUGAUGUAUUCAUAUAACUGUAAGAGUAAAAUUGUUUUUAUUUUUGUUUUUUUUUUUGGGGGGGGGGGGUCAUAUCUGUGUGAUUUAAGGGGAUCACAUGCCAGCAUAAUUUCAAAGCUAUUCCUAAUUGGCUGUUAAGAUAUGGGAUCAUAGCGAGAAUGUGGAUGUAAAUUGUUUUUUUUACCCUUUUGUGUAUGUGAGGAUGUUUUUCAGUCAAAAUGUGAAGACAAAAUGUUAGUCUCUUUUUCUUAUAGUGUUCAAUCCAUCUUAAUUAUAAUUCCAUUUUAAUUUUGAAAUAAUCAUUUGAUUUCGACAUUCAAAUCCUUUUCAGACGGUAUGCUUGUGCAUUAAAGCCUUCAUUGUUCGAUUCCAGAGGUUGACGAUUGUUCAGACUGCUGAUUUGAAUUAGUAACAGCUGUUAAGCACUUAACAUACUCUUUCUUUUUUUUCUCCCUUUGUGCAUCUCAGUCAUUGAAGGUAAUUGUUUACGACAUCAUGUUUGGACAAAACCUUCCCUUUUCUUUUCCUCACAUUAACAUCUUGGUACAAUUUUGAAAAUUCCUUUAAUGUGUUUUACACAUUCGUGCUGCUUUUGGAUAUUAUUGCCUUUCUUGUAUUUAACAAUGGUGGAACUAGAAUGUUGCCACUCUAGAUGUAUGUACACAUAAUGACUCGGUUGUCAUCUUGGGAGAGCAAAGCAAAACUUGCAAUUUGUUAAUGACUGUAGUCAGUUAAAAGAGAAUUAGUAUUAAUUAGUAGAGCCUCUGUAGAAUUACCAGUUCACUCCAGUUUACAUUGGUUGUCAACUUUCCAAAGUAGAUAGUCUUUUUGUAUUUUCUUUUGGAGAAAAAAAAAAUCAAUGAUUUAUUGCACAUUUUGGAUACAGUUAAAGAGUUUUUUGUAUCUGCCGAUUAUAAAUAAAACUAUAUUCUAAAAAAAAGAG